AUGGAGAGACAAACCAGAAUGAGAGACAGGGAUUCGAGAGACAGGGAAUAUCAAAUCUUUGAUCGAUCGGAUUCGACAUACGGCGAAGAAAGAAAAAGAUCGAAAGCGGAAAGAAAGAAAGAAAAAACACUUAAACGGAAAGAUUCUGAUCGUCUGGAAAAGUCGGUCUCUUAUGCCGAUCGAUACGCCGACGAUCAAAGAUAUAGAUAUCAGAGUGAUCGCGAGAGAUCAAGAAGGGAUAUAACCAAGAGUUGCUGCUUCUUGUGUGCCGAAAAUUCGUUAGCGAUCGCGGGAGCUAUCGGUCCUAAACCGGUAUGUUCCAAUAAGAGCGUGGAUGCAUAUGACAUGGAAACGAUCGAAACGAGUUGCAGUCCGAUUAAAUUGCCGGUACACGUGAGGACUGUUAAAUCGACGUUUCGAGUUAAAGUACGAGACACGUGUACGUCCUAUGGGAAUAUACCUAAAGCGAAGAAGAAAAAACGUAAAAAGUUUAGACUUUUUCCGAAGAUUAAAAAAAGCACGUGUUCAAACCGUAAGGUUCAACCCAAACGACGUACGGUCGGUUGUGUUACCGAAAGUCAAUCGAAAACUAAGAAACCAGAAGAGAAAAAGGUACGCGAACCUUGUUGCAGAGAGAAAGCGGUAUAAUUGUUUUGCUAUUUCGACGCUAUUUUUCUUUCUUUCUUUCUUUUUUGUUUGUUUUUUUUUUGACCAAACU